AUGGCGACCAGCAAUGCCAGCCCCAGUGUCAUGGCCUCAGGAGUCACCGGGAGCGUUUCUGUGGCCUUACACCCUCUGGUCAUCCUCAACAUAUCUGACCACUGGAUACGCAUCCGCUCACAGGAGGGCCGACCAAUGCAGGUGAUUGGAGCUCUGAUCGGGAAACAAGAGGGUAGAAACAUUGAGGUGAUGAACUCUUUUGAAUUGAUGUCUCACACCGUAGAUGAAAAAGUCCACAUUGACAAAGAGUACUACUACACUAAGGAAGAACAAUUUAAACAGGUCUUCAAAGAGAUGGAGUUCUUGGGCUGGUAUACCACAGGUGGUCCCCCUGACCAGUCAGACAUCCACAUCCACAAACAGGUGUGCGAGAUCAUUGAGAGCCCUCUCUUUCUCAAGCUCAACCCAAUGACUAAACACACCGAUCUCCCUGUUAGUGUUUAUGAGUCUGUUAUUGACAUCAUCAGUGGCGAGGCUACCAUGUUGUUUGCUGAACUGACGUACACUCUGGCCACAGAGGAAGCAGAGAGAAUUGGUGUUGACCACGUAGCAAGAAUGACCGCCACUGGCACCGGAGAAAAUUCAACCGUGGCCGAACACCUUAUAGCGCAGCACAGUGCGAUAAAGAUGCUCCACAGCCGAGUGAAGAUCAUUCUAGAGUACGUCAAAGCUGUGGAAGCAGGAGAGGUGCCAUUCAACCACGAGAUCCUUCGAGAAGCAAACGCCCUGUGCCACAGACUGCCGGUGCUCAGCACCAUCAAAUUCAAAACAGACUUCUAUGACCAAUGUAACGACGUGGGCCUCAUGGCUUACUUAGGCACCAUCACCAAGACCUGCAACAGUAUGAACCAGUUCAUCAACAAGUUCAACGUCCUGUACGACAGGCAGGGCAUCGGCCGGAGGAUGAGAGGACUUUUCUUUUGA